GCGACUUUCUUUAUCCGGGGGUACUCUCUGGAAUAUGUUCUUGAGUACCUAGUAGGUUUUGGCGGCAAGACACAGCAGAUUCUCGGAUCUUCGAUGAGCAGCUGCUUUCUUUCAGAGCUCGUCUGUGUGGCUGUCACGAGAGAACCGCGCGCCCCCGUGGGGACCCUCUCUGUUUACACUCGCACAUUUUUCAGGAAAGUCGCGCAUUCGUCCUUAUAUUCCGAGUGCGAUGAUCCGUGUUCUUGCACAUUUCGCUGCGACAAAAGCGUGUCGGAAUCGCGGUCUGACGCAUUCUUUCACGGAAGCCGGACGCUGCGCCGCACUCCCUGUCGACGUCGAAAUCGCGUUUGAGAUGGAGCCUUGGAACUUUCUUCGUCGAUUCGUUUGAGAAAGGACGAAAAAAGGAAACAGAGAGUUGGAAUGCUCGCGUAUCUAGCUCUCACGGGUCCUUCGUGAGUCGCGCCUCUUCAGGCCUGAGGGCGCGUCCUCUUGCCUCCCAGAAGUUGUUCACGAACUCUGCCCCGUCCGGUCGUUUGCCUCUUUCCGUGGCUUUCCAGAACACCAAACCGUUCGUUCUGCAAGCAAAACCGCGUCCUUCACCUCUCUGUCGGGCUGGACUGAGGAGAAGCUGCCGAAGGUGGACUUUUCUUCCGUUUGAAAGCGGAGGGAGAGAGCGCAGAGCGCCGUCGGCUUCCUCUGGGCAGUGCGUUCUCGUCGCUUCUGCUUGUUUUGCAGCAACAAGGCAACGCAUCUCGUCUUUUUCUUCGGCCGUCUAGUCGAGAUUUAGGAGGCAUCGACAGCUGCAGCAACUGCCCGGUUUAAAUAUCCGGGGACUUCCCCUUUUUCCGGGAGUUCUGGAAAUAACUGUCAAAGCGGUGUCUUACCAGAGGCGCUACCUCCGUUGGACUUCCUCUUAAGCCUACUCGCCUGGGGAGGCGCUUCUUUCUGGACUCUUUUUUUCGCCGCGAGAGCCCACAACUCGACAGCCCAAUGCCUGCAAGCUGGUCCUAGACAAGGGUGGUUGCGCGGAGUCGACCUGACUCGCGCUUUCGAUUUUUUCGUCGGCUUGCUGAAUGCCGAUGACCGGAGAACUCCGCACCCAGACCGGCGGCCAUCUGUCUCCCGGCAUUCUUAUCUCUGGACUCGGCAACAGGCUUUUUCCUCGCCUCGUUUUUCGGUUGUCUACUCCUGCAUGCUCCUGGGUCGUCUGAGUGGUUUGCACGGGGACCGUUUCCAGCUUCUGCUUCUCCGUGGUCUUGAAAAUAUCCGCUUGUGCUCUCGCCCUCCCGCAGGAGCCUCUCUUUGCGUUGGGUCCUCUGCGGCUCCCUGCGUUCUGCAGACCAGCAACUCCCUGGCUGAGGCAUUCGACGAUUAGCUAAGAAGAACGCUUUCGAUUUGCACCGAGCAGCCGGGCCAUGGACUGCUGAGCUUCUGAAGGACUUCACUCGAACUCUCCUGGGUUCUACCGAGACACACACCUGCCGCUGACGCGGAAGAGACGCCUUCCGUGGUGCAGCACGGCUUGCGGUACGACUCAGGCGAACAAGGCAGGAGCUAGAGCAGGGCGUACCGUGGGGCUCUCAGAGGUCGUCGUGAAAAGCGGGGACUCACAGGGGUGUCCGUCUGUUGGGCGUCUAACGAAUCGGUCCUGGAAACGCGAACCGAGGCAGAGGAAACAGGUAUUUCGCGAGAAAGCUGCUGGAACAGGUUCGAGAGAGAAGGGGAGAGUCGUUUGCAGCUGCGAAGACGCCUCCGUGGUUCUUCUUCUCGCACCCCUCUACAGCGUUUCCGUCUCGUCACAGACGCCUCUCUGCCUGCUGGGCACUGGUAGUGUCACCUGAACGAACGCUGGGGUGCAGCCUCGCCAGAGAAACUUAGACAACUCGGUCUUCUUCUUUCGGAGAAGACAAGAGCCGCCAGAGGCGAGCAGAGGAACUUCCAUCAGGCCUGCCUCCGUCGCACGGGAAACCGCGAAAAACGCACUGCAAAAAAUCAGACCACGACUGUCGACCCGAUGGCGUUCUUCUCGUGCUGUAACUGUGAUCCGGAGACAGAGGAGGAGACACAGGUCAAUUUAGAGACGGAUAGACCCAACAGUGAAGCAAGCACCGACGGACAGCCGCUGACGCCGGAACAGAAGCAGAAAGAGAAAGAGCGCCUUCAGGCGUUGGUGAAGGCGUUCGCGAAGGCUGCCGUGGCGGGAGCAAGUUGCUUUUUCAUCGACGUUUCCUCUCAGCAAAAGAUCCCCGCGACAUACAUCCUAGAUAAAUCGUUGAAAAUGUUCACGGUGGCUUUCUCGAGUGGCGUCGAACACUCCUUCAGUCUCUCCUCACUGCAAGAUGUCUACUCCUACGAAGACUUACUCCACUCCGACAGCACCGCGAGCUUAGCGCAGGAGCCGGGAAUCGCGAAUCUUUCAGACAGCGACAAGCGGAAGUUAAUUAUGCUCGAGUACCUGGAUGCUUCGCACCGGCGACUCAACCGUUUGUUUCUCAUGGAAACUGGUGAAGACGAGAUGAGAGAUCGAUUUCUCACGUGCAUGCGCAUUCUCAAAUUGUACUCUCUUACUCCGGCUCAGAGUGCAACCAAUGGUGGUGAUCAAGCGAAUGGUUCAAGAUAAUAGUCUUGUAGGAGAACCAACAUCUGGCAUUUACACCACAUAAUUUGACGUUGCCUUUCUGACGCCGUCCUCCGAUAAAUGUGUGGGCAGUCCCGUCAGAGUGUAGGCAACCAGCAAGCAGGCACGGUGUAGUCCGUACUUUUUUAGAGUGUUUUCGCCCCACAGUGUCAUUGGGGAUACGUGUGCAAACAGAUGCUGCUGCCGUGUAAAAAAGCGGAUUCUCGGGAUCCCCCAGCAAGCGUAACUGGGCAGUAACACUGGGAGGCUGUAGGUGAAUGGGACCCCGGAGCCAGGCUGUAUAUAGCGGGGCGGCGUUUUGCCUCUGACACGCCUGCCGAGAUGCCCCCAGGUGAAGAAGAGAGAUUUAAUGGUGCAGGUCCCGUGGCCUUCCUGAAAUGCCGCCUUUGCUGCACGGUUUUGGCUGUCGAUGGUUCGUCACAUCGGUUCCAUGCAGCAGAGUUCCAACAAGUCUCCGUAGCAAACGAACCAGGCCUCCCGGGUGGUGCCAGACCGGGUGCGUCUACUUGGGGCUUCGGUAGUUUCGAUUUUCCUCUGUGUCAUACAAUGGACGAUCUUUUGUCUUCUUACAGUGGGAGGCGAGGUACGCCGGCUUUCCUGUACAGUCGUGUGGACCAAGCUCAACGCAGUGACCAGCGUGUUCUUGUCUAUCACCCGCCGUCGCCUGGAGUACGGCCAGUUAAUCGACCGAGAAGCCAGAGUGGUAUCCCCGCAAAAAACGGAAGACAGAUCCAGCCUCCCGAACGCUUCGUGGACAGUGCACUUGUCAACAGUUUUAGCCGUAGGUGUUCUCGGAAGAAUUAUUUUUGCUGCUUGGUUAGCCCGAGAAAAAACGUGCUUUGUCUGGUCUGGCGAAGAAAAUUGUGGUGGACACACACAACCGUUUACAAGUAUGCGUGCAUCUCCAUAUGCAUCCGUUCAUAUACUUGCGUUGAGGAGGAAUCGUGUUCCCUGUGGUGUCCACACAACGAGGUAGCAUGGAUUUGUUGUUGUGGAACAGGACAGACGCAUUCACAGAAAGGAUACGUGUCCAAAUUGGGGCAUCCCGAACACGCCCUUGGCCUUACAGAACGGAGAAGCCAUAGCAAUGGUGAAAACGUUGUACCGAC